UAGCCACCUCCAUCUCCACCUCCACUGCCACUGCCACGUCCGAAUCCACCUCCAUUUCCUGCCUCCGUCCAAAUCCAAAGAGAAAUUGGCCAGCCAAAGCGAAAGCGAACGAGCUGCGUACAAAGCACCACAUUAGCGGCACACUGCGAUGCACCUGAGCGUGGCCCUGUGGGCAUGUGGAGCCCUCCUGGCGGUGCUCCUCACCUGGCAGCAGCGCAAGUCCUGGCGGCUCAUCUGGCAGCUCAACGGAUGGCGCGGCGUGGUCCAGCAGCCGCUCCUCUGGAUCCUCCUCUGCAUCAACCUGCAUCCCAACAGCAUUCUGGAGAAGGUGACACAGUAUCGGGUGUACUUUCAGCGUCCGAUGGCCGUCCUCGUGGGCACCCGUGUCCUCGUCUAUAUCGAUGAUCCUGCCGGAAUGGAGUGCAUCCUGAAUGCCCCGGAGUGUCUGGAUAAGACCUUUCUGCAGGAUGGAUUCUUCGUUCGUCGCGGCUUACUUCAUGCCAGAGGACAGCGAUGGAAAUUGCGCAGGAAGCAACUUAACCCGGCCUUCAGUCACAAUAUCGUUGCCAGUUUCUUCGGUGUCUUCAACUCGGUGGGCAACCAGAUAAUCGAACAGUUCCUAUCGCAGGAAAACCUCCAUGGAAAGGCCGUCAAGUUCACAGAUGCCGAGGAUUUACUCAGUCGAGCUGUCCUGGAGGUGUCCUGUUUGACUAUUAUGGGCACACCAACCAAUUUCACUCAAAUAGAUGACGCACAUAUUGCCCACAGUUACAAGCGACUCCUGGAGAUCUCAGCCGUUCGGGUGGUGAAGCCAUGGCUCCAGAUCCGUCUCAUCCACCGCAUUUUGGCCCCGGAACUUUACGAGGAGUCCAGGAAGUGCUGCAAGUUGCUGGCCGACUUUGUGGGCGAAAUCGUGAGGACCAAGCACCGCAACUGGCAGCUGAGGGACGCCAUCGGAGGGGAAGGUCCUGGCGAGGAUUCCUCCUCCGGCUGGCAGCGGCGCAUCUUCAUCGAGCAGAUCUUCCAGCUGGCCGCCAACGGGGAAAUGACCCUCGAGGAGAUCAUGCACGAGGCACAGUCCAUGGUUCUGGUGUCCUUCGAGACGGUGUCCAACAGCAUAAUGCUGGCCCUGCUCUGCCUGGCCACCAACAAGGGCGACUGCCAGCGGCGAUUGCUGGCGGAGAUUAGGGCCGUGGUGCCGGACACCGGGCACGUGGGACUGGAGCAGCUCCAGCAGAUGCGCUACCUGGACGCCUUCGUCAGCGAGUCACUGCGUCUCCUGGCCACCGUGCCGAUGAACCUGCGCCACGUCAGUCGCGACUUCCAGCUGGCGGGUCGGGAUGCCAUUGUGCCGCAGAACAGCAUCGUGGUGCUGGACACCUUCAACAUGCAACGCGACGAGCGCUGGUGGGGCCCCACCGCCAAGCAGUUCGAUCCGCAGCGCUUCCUCGACCAGGAGGAGCACUCCAAGGGUCAGGAUAGUCCGGGAUCGGGAUCGGGAUCCGGGGAGCCACGGAGGCAGCGGGAUCGACGACACUCAUACAGCUUCCUGCCCUUCUCCAAUGGACUGCGCUCGUGUAUCGGUCGCCGCUAUGGGCUCUUCAUCAUGAAGGUAUUCCUGGUCAAGCUGAUCUCGAACUUCGACUUUCAAAGCGAUUUUGAGCUGGAAAAGCUGCAGUUCGUGGAGAACAUAUCGCUGAAGUUCAAGAACGCCGACGAUAUCUUGCUGGCAAUCCAGCCACACAAGCAGUCCAAGGAGUCCUCAUAAUACAUAUGGUUUUUUUCUCAAUAAAUAUAUUAUAAUAC